AUGAACAGCACCAGACUGCGUCAUAUUGAAAAUGCGUUAAACAGUUUCAAUUUCAUGUCUCCCUUGGACAUCUACAUGCGAUUGUACUUCAAAAGCAAUAACAUUAAAAACAGAGACAAGCCAUAUAUUUCUGAACACGUGUACAACAUUAUAAAGAACAAAACCCUCCUGUUGUAUUUGUCUUCUCCCUCGGCAUUAUACACUAACAUAAUCAAGACAUAUUUUUCUUCAGACAAAUGGAAAUACGAGAUGAACAACGAGAAAAUACCUGCACACAUCAGGUACUCGUUCCCCAAAGAAUUGUACGAGCAGCUAGUUAACUGCUAUGGAGAAAAGAGAAGCCUUACUCUGAUGUCCAUUUUAAACGAAAAAGCACCUGUUUUUUUAAGAGUAAAUACGAACAAAAUAUCUAGAAACGAAUUAUUUAAAGUGUUAUUGAGCAAAGGUGUAUCAGUUGAAAAGUGUGUAAAUUCUGCACAAGGAUUACUAUUAACAAAAAACCAAAUACUGAAAAAUAACCAUGAAUACAAGAAAGGAUAUUUUGAAAUACAAGAUGAAGCAAGCCAAAUUGUUAGCUCAAAAAUACCUGUACAGCCAGGUGAUAAAGUGUUAGAUUAUUGUGCUGGGUCAGGUGGAAAAACUUUGGCUUUUUCAGUAAUGAUGGAAAAUACAGGAAAAGUAUAUUUACAUGACGUACGAGAUAAAAUGCUCUCACAAGCAAAAAUACGAUUAAGAAGAGCUGGAAUUCAGAAUUAUAUUCUUUUAAAUUCAAAUCAUAUUUUAUUAAAAAAAUUAUUUGGUUACAUGGAUAUUGUAGUUGUUGAUGCACCUUGCACAGGGACAGGUGCUUUAAGGAGAAACCCAGAAAUGAAAUAUAAAUAUACGAACAAUAAACUAUAUGAAUAUGUAAAUUUGCAGAGGCAAAUUUUUGAAAAAGCUCUACUAUAUCUUAAAAAAAGUGGAAAAAUUGUGUACAUAACUUGCAGCAUUCUAGAUGCCGAAAAUGUUCAUCAAGCCAAAUACUUCUGUGAAAAACAUAACUUAUACCUCUCCGAGCCACCAUUUCAUUCCUUGCCUCAAUCCAAAUCCAUGGAUGGUUUUUUCUUGGCCAUUUUUGAAAGGAGGGAAUGA